UGUAGCUGGGCAUCUGAAGGAGCAGAAAGGAACCUCUGGGUUAUCAGAGAUUGGCUAUUUCUGCAGUGGAAAAAGAAAAAAAACUAACGCUGAGAGAAGUCUAAAUUACGGGGGAGCUUCCAGAAAAAGACUGGUAAGAAUGGAGAGAUGGGGGGUGAUCUCUAUAAGUAGGGGGCUUUGAGAAUGGGGAAAGACACAAGCCAGGCUUGGGUGGCAAGGAGGAGUUGUGGUUGGGUGCUGAUCAAGCUCCUUUCCUGCCACUAUAGCUGAAACCCGGGCCACCAGGGGCCAGGAGCAAGGGCUGUUCCACCAUGAUGCCUUUGCAAAGACAGUGGUUUGGGGACAGAAGAUAUUGAAGGACUUGCCCCCCGGUUGGGGGAGGUAUUGUGGGUGGGAAACAGUGCUCAGGUCCACUGUGGGGAUGUGGUCAGUACUGACCUGUGAAAGCCUCCAGAGCUCCACAGGGCCACUUCCAAAUGGCCCUUGGUCUCCCUUUUUCUGCUUCUUGGGACUUGUCUCUCCCUCUCCUUCACCCUCAGGCUCUUCCCUAAGGUGAUGGGAGCUGGAGGUCCAGCCAGUUGCAGCUGGGGAGGAGCUGAGUGUGAGGUGUGGGGCCCUGGGGCCUCAUGGGGGGAGAGAGAUGGUGAGUGGGUGAGGGAACAGAGCUCCUGUUUACAGUUGUUCUUGGUACCUGCUGGCAGGGCCCUGCAGGUAACCAUGGCAAUCAGGUGAGGAACCAAUCAGUGCUUCUCCCCACCCCCAGCCCCAGAGGUCUGAGGCCCCUGGCGAUGGGGCAGGGGGAGCAGGGAGUGUGGCAAGGGGGCUCAUUUCUUAAAGGGAGAAGGAGGAGCAUUUCAUCCAGUAAGCACCACAGCUCUCGCCUUCACCCGUGCAUCCAGAACAGAGCUUGAGGGGUAGUCUUGGUCUGAGUGCUUGCAGAAGUGAGAGGGUGAGGGUCACGGCCAUUUGCUUAGGAGCUCUCGCACGUUGAGGCCACAGUUGGCCUGGAAGGAACUGCAUGAGAGUUCUUAAAAGCAAGUGUCUGUUUUGAAAACACAGUGAGUAUGUGAAUGAGGUGGCUAAGGCAGUGUGAAGCGAGCGUGUGCGUGUGUGUGUGUGUGUGUGUGUGAGAGACAGAAAAGAAGGCAUGAGAUUUGCCAAUAGCAACCAGGACCCCCAUACAUUAUCAGACCCCCAAAUGUUUUGUUUCUGGCUGUGCACACACCCUGAGAUUCAUCUGGACAAGGCGCACACAUGGGGCAAGUAGUCACAUGAGGUACCGUUGGGGGUCCAGCAGCAUGUACGCAUCCGAUGGAGAUUACACACGCUCAGCGAGUCAGCCACUUGGAGUUUGUUCCCUCCUCCGGAUGGUUGUAAUAAUAUUUGGGCAUCUUGCCAGGGGUUACUAUGGGAACGACCAAACAGUGUAGUAGCCAGCAAGGCUUCUACAUAAUUAUGAAGAGGGGACCCGUGCAGGGAGAGCUGGCUGAGGGGAGGCGGGAACCCCUUUCCUUCCUCGGGCCAUGUCUGCAGGUCUUGGCCGCCGCGUCUCCACUGGCUCUGGGCUUGCUUGUUCCUCUCCGUCUGCCCUGCAACUUGGUGUCUCUCUCACAUGUGGCCUUUGUGUCUCUCCAUCUCUUUCGGUCUCUGGCCAGCCUCUGUUGGCUGUUUGGGUCCUGGCCAAACUCAUUCUGGGGUCUCUAUAGAAACUGCUGAUUCCCAGCUGUGAAUUUUGGGUCCUAGAAAACCCAGCGUGUUGGCUUUAGAAAUCUUUCUGGAAAGGAGAGAAGGAUGUAUGUUGUAAAAGAGCUGUCGGGACUUGGCCGCCCUCCCCAGCCCUGCCCCUUGGGCUUCUACUCUGGGAAAGAGGAGGGAGGUACCAUUGCUCCUGGGCACAGGCUGGAUUUCUACACCAAGAAGUAAGCACGUCAGCCAGUCCAGACCUGGGCUGUGCCUUUCCUCCCCGGACCCCGCCCGGGCCUGGCUGGGCACUCGGUGGGCUGUGGGGAGAACUUUCUGCAUAGCUUUGGCAGGCAUCUCUGAGAACCUGUGGUCUGUCACCGGGCAGCUUGUGGCUGGGUUGCAGACAGGAUACGGCGGGUGGGUAGCAGUGCCCACGUGGGGAGAUUCCUGUGCGCCUGGGAGGGGCAGCGUGCAGCAGGCUCUUUGUCGGGGCCCGUGGUGGCCUUCCUGUGGAAGGGGCAGUAGCAGUCUUUUUGCCCAGACUUUGCAGUUAACCUGCAGAGUCCAGGGCUGGGCCAGGGGGCGGGUUGGAGCCGUGUGUUCCCAACUUUGGGCACAUAAGGACCAUCCUCAGUACUUCCUGCUUGAGCACCAGGCCUAGAACCUGCAUGGUCAACAUAUGGUGCAUUUCCAGGGAGCUGCUCCGGGGCUGGGGCUGGAUGCAGCAGUGCAAGGAUGAGUUAUGGGGUGCCCCCUUCAGCCUUAGGGCGGAUGUGCCCCCAGUGUUUCCAGGGAACGCAUCCUGGAGAAGGAGUGAUGGGAUGGAAGGACAGUAGGAUGGAUUAGAAAGACCCAGUCAGGAGUCUAAGUUUCCUCAUAGUUCUUAGUGAGUUCACUUGAGUGAAUAUGGCUUGGGAUCAGGGAGAUUUUUUAAAACUCCAUUCUCUUCCAUUUUCAUGCCUCCCCACAUCCUCUGGAGAGUUGAGUAGUACUUCCUGUGGUCUAACCUCAGUCUUUCUGCUGUCCUGAGAUAGAACCUGACCUUGUUGCUCAAGGUCGUGAGAUCUCCAGAGCCCCUGGCACCCAGUGAACACUCACAGGGGGUCAGAAAGAACCAUCCCCACAUGUGCACCUUGUCCGGCCUUAAAGGGAAAGGAAGGGCCUUGGGCCCAGGAGCGGUGUCGCUUGUGGGGCAGGUGGAGUAGAGUGUGGGAGGGGCUCUUGGCUCUGUGGGUUCCUGAUUCCAUGUUUGUUUCCCAGGGUGACGCUCCCCAGUCCCCUGCCCCCCACCCCGGCAUCAUGCAUCGGACCACACGGAUUAAAAUCACGGAGCUGAACCCUCACCUCAUGUGUGCCCUCUGCGGGGGGUACUUCAUCGAUGCCACUACCAUCGUGGAGUGCUUGCAUUCCUUCUGCAAAACCUGCAUUGUGCGCUACCUGGAGACCAACAAGUACUGCCCCAUGUGCGACGUACAGGUCCACAAAACCCGGCCGCUGCUGAGCAUCAGAUCUGACAAAACCCUUCAAGACAUCGUCUACAAAUUGGUCCCUGGGCUUUUUAAAGAUGAGAUGAAACGGAGGCGGGAUUUCUACGCAGCCUACCCCCUGACAGAAGUUCCCAAUGGCUCCAACGAGGACCGUGGUGAGGUUCUGGAACAGGAGAAGGGGGCUCUGAGCGACGAUGAGAUCGUCAGCCUCUCCAUCGAGUUCUAUGAAGGCGUCAGGGACCGGGAAGAGAAGAAGGGCCCCCUGGAAAAUGGGGAUGGUGACAAGGAGAAAACAGGGGUGCGCUUCCUGCGGUGCCCAGCAGCCAUGACGGUCAUGCAUCUCGCCAAGUUUCUCCGCAACAAGAUGGACGUACCCAGCAAGUACAAGGUUGAGGUUCUCUAUGAGGACGAGCCGCUGAAGGAAUACUAUACCCUCAUGGACAUCGCCUACAUCUACCCCUGGCGGCGGAAUGGCCCUCUCCCCCUCAAGUAUCGCGUCCAGCCAGCCUGCAAGCGGCUCACCUUGCCCACAGCGCCCACCCCCUCCGAGGGCACCAAUACCAGCGGGGCGUCUGAGUGUGAGUCAGUCAGCGACAAGGCUCCCAGCCCUGCCACCCUGCCGGCCACCUCCUCCUCCCUGCCCAGCCCAGCUACCCCCUCCCAUGGCUCUCCCAGCUCCCAUGGCCCCUCGGCCCCCCACCCGACCUCCCCCACGCCCCCCGCCACAGCCAGUGGGGCCACCACAGCUGCCAACGGGGGCACCUCGAACUGCCUGCAGACACCGCCUUCCACCAGCAGGGGGCGCAAGAUGACUGUCAACGGAGCUCCCGUGCCCCCCUUAACUUGAGGAAAGGGACCCUCUCCCUCCUUUUCCAGCUAUGCCUCUCCACCCCUCCACUUUUUCUGGGCCCCCUUUUCCACCUCUUCUACUUUCCCCAGCUCCCCCCACCUUAGGGGUCGGGGAUGGGUUUUAUAAAUAAAUCUAUAUAUAUAUGUACAUAGGAAAAACCAAAUAUACAUACUUAUUUUCUAUGGACCAACCAGAUUAAUUUAAAUGCCACAGGAAACAAACUUGCUGUGUGUGUGUAUGCGUGGGGGAUGGGGUGCUCAAUUUUAGGCGGUCUUGUGUAAUUUGCUCUGCUCUUUUUGGGGGUGCCUAGAGGUGGAUUGGUGGGGCCACUUGAGGCUCGGUGAAGCCCUGCCCCAUCCUCCUUCUGUUUCCCAAGGCAUAUGCGGUGUCGGAGGGGCCCCCACCAACCCCCAAAGCUUUAGGCACGACUCGAACUGGCUGUGUAUGAGGUCCACCCUGCUUCUCUCCCCAACUUGGCUGCUGUCCUGCCCUGACCCUGACCAGUACCCUCCCCCCCACCAUUGUUGAAUGUCCAGAGAAUUGCUAAGACAGUGCCUUUCACAAACGCAGCCUAUCCCCUGGUUCUGAGGAGCAAGUGGGCAGUGGAGAGGGCAUCUCCCUUACCUCCUCCUCUUGCAGUAGAAACUUUGUGUAAUAGAUAGUUCUGCCUUUUUUUUUUUCCCCUGUGUGUGUGGCCUUUGCAUCAUUUAUCUUGUGGAAAAGAAGACUGAGGCCACAGAAGACCUCAGCCCUUGAACUUCCACUGUGGUGUCAGCAUUGUAAACCGCUUCACCCCCUUCCUCCACGCCCCCCACCCAGGAGCCCGCACUAGCAAGGCGGAUGGGGAAGUCUCACCUCGGGGCCUGUAGUGGAGAGGUGGAAGGGGGGGUGUUGACCUCAGAUAAGCACAGACCCCAGAUUUUGCCAAAGGCAAACAGUCCUCCAGUGCCCUCCCCACCCGCAGCUGAGGCCAAGUCAGGAAAGAACAACAGGCAUCUAAAAGCACAAGAAGACAGAACCUGUGAGAUCUGACCUCAGCUCCAUCCCAAGAAGUCAAGUGGUCUUCCCCCUGAGGGGCAGACCCCAACAGACCCCUGCCCACCAGUUUUUCCUCCAAUGGACAUAGGUCAGAUCGGGACGAGGGGAGGAGGCAAGACUAUCACAGCCUAUGUGUUUGGGGUCAGGUGUCCCCCAGUGGGUUUGUCUGUGUUCACGCCUCGUCCUGUGUCUGAGGUGCCAUGGCUGUAUCCUCCUCCUGGGACAUCUGUAUCUCCUGGCUUUGUAAUAAAUGCUGCGUACUCUCCA